GUGUCACUUUAAAGUUAAACGAACAGCCUAACCUCUCUUGUGGCCCAAAGAUUUGGGUGUUGAAAAAUAAGUACAAUAAGAUCAUUUGUACUUUUAAUAGACAAUAAAUCAUUAAUAUUUAAUAAUCUACAAUAAACAUGGCUGUAACAACAAGAAAUGUACCACGAUUACUUGUACAGGCACUACAAAUCUUACCAAGAACAACUACAAGAUGCCUAUCAUCUGGAAUAGCUGAGCGACCUGAUGCAAGAACCACUUGUACUCUGAUCCCUGGAGAUGGCGUGGGUCCAGAAUUAAUAUAUUCAGUCACAGAAGUGUUUAAAGCUGCAGGAAUACCUGUGGAUUUUGACACAUACUUCUUUUCAGAAGUAAAUCCGACCCUUAGUGCUCCAUUAGAAAAAGUAGCUGAUAGUAUUUCAAGAAACAGAGUUUGCUUGAAAGGAAUUUUGGCUACACCAGACUACAGUCACACAGGAGAAUUGCAAACUCUUAACAUGAAACUCAGAAAUGCACUUGAUUUAUAUGCCAACGUUGUCCAUGUAAAAUCUUUACCUGGGGUCAAAUCAAGGCACAGCAAUAUUGACUGUGUUAUUAUAAGAGAGCAGACAGAAGGGGAAUACUCUGCUCUGGAACAUGAAGGUGUAAAGGGCGUAGUAGAAUGUUUAAAGAUUGUUACUGCUAAGAAAUCUCAAAGAAUUGCUAAAUUUGCAUUUGACUAUGCUACUAAAAACAACAGGAAGAAGGUUACAGCUGUCCACAAAGCUAAUAUUAUGAAACUGGGAGAUGGGCUAUUCUUAAGAAGUUGCGAGGAGAUGGCAAAAUUAUACCCAAAAAUAGAAUUCGAAAGAAUGAUUGUUGAUAAUUGUACCAUGCAGAUGGUAUCCAAUCCUCAACAAUUUGACGUAAUGGUUACUCCCAAUCUCUAUGGUAACAUUGUUGAUAAUUUGGCUUCUGGACUAGUAGGAGGUGCGGGAGUAGUUGCUGGUGCUUCCUAUUCUGCAAACUGCGUUGUCUUUGAACCGGGUGCGCGUCACACCUAUUCUGAAGCUGUGGGCAAAAACGUUGCAAAUCCAACAGCCAUGUUACUAUGCGCAUCUAAAAUGCUUAGGCACGUAAAUCUUCCACUCUACGGCGAAAUGAUUCGCAAUGCCAUCGAGAAAGUUCUGAGAGACGGUAAGAUCAAGACAAAAGAUGUCGGGGGACAAUCUACUACUCAGCAGUUUACCUACGCAGUUAUUAGCAAUCUGGAAAUACCAAAAACUGCUUAGAAGAUUCAUUGAAAUUUUGUGGCGAAAUUUAAUCAUUGUAGAUAAUAACAAGGCAGAUUUUUUAUAAUAGUUUGAGGAAGGUCAUUUUUGCUGUAGUUUAUGUAUUAUCUAGAGAGAAUGAGCGAUUUUAUGACAGAACAGCUCAUCAACAUCAUUUUUUUGAUCGAAUGUUUUUGGAUUGUUAGAGGAAUUAGUUAUUAUUUUAAUAUUAGGAUACGGAAGUGUUCUUCAGACACUAUAAUAAUAGAAAGAAAGAAGCGGAUCAAAAAUUUAAUGUUUUUAGAAGCAUAUUUAUGUAUCAAAUUGUUUAUGAAGUCAGUCUUAUAAUAAUGCUUCAGAGCCGUCUUGUUAACUAUGAAAGGAAGAGCUAGGAAAUUAGUGAAUUGACGGAUUUAAACUUUUUUAAUAGAUCACCAAUUUAUAAGAAAUUAAUACAGUUAUAAAUCCAGUGAUAUUCUAAUUAUCCUGGAUAAUGUAGAGAACUAUUGAAGAUAGUAUAAAAAUGUACUACCUCGUUAUUUAUUGAUAUUUAAAUUUUGUAAUAUAUAAUACAAUGGUUAAUAAAAAAAGGUUGCUUAGUUUUAUCUGUUAUGAUUAAAUAACGGUCUAGUCGCGAUUUUAAAUACUUGUAGAUGAAUUCGAGAUAAGUAUUAUUUAUUUUACAAUAUGUACAUUUGUUGUGAGAUUUUAAAUUAUUAAAGUUAAGUU